CGACCGCCGUUCGUUGUUCCAUGUUCGAUCAAAUACCCACGAUCUGUUGAAUGAGCAUAAUAGUCGGUCGGUGUAUUUAUUAUGAGAGCGCUCUCUCGCAGCAAAAUUACGCUUUUGUUUUCGGCCUUUUUUAAGGAAACCGUAAAUUCCUAACAGACUUUUUUUUGAAUAGACAUUUCGGGUGUGCGGCUCCCCAUUGAACUCACGCGUCUCUCGCGGUUUUAAGGCGAUUUUUCAGUCAGAACAUCGACAAAAUGUGGUGCCUCAUCAGUCAGGCGAAUUCUGUUGUCUUCGAAGUCAGGGUUGAUCCGAAAUCUAUUGGACAAGAGUGCCUUGAAAAGAUUUGUAGUCAUCUAGGCAUCUCGAAUGAAUCAGACUACUUUGGGUUGAAGUAUGAAAAUGCUCGUGGCGAAGAAUUAUGGUUGAACUUAAGGAAUCCCAUUGACAAACAGGUGAACUGUCACAAUCAUACCGCCCCUUUAAGGUUCGCAUUGAGAGUGAAAUUUUGGGUACCUCCGCAUUUGCUUUUACAAGAAACCACUAGGCACCAAUUUUAUCUUCAUGCGAGAUCGGAUUUAAUAGAAAAAAGACUAUUGACGAAUGACUGGGACGGUGUGUGUAGAGUUAUAGCUCUGAUCGCUCAAGCUGAGUCCGAGGAUUAUGACUCUUUGAGGCCUCCGCAUAACCUAUACAUGCAGGCUUCGACCGUAACGAGUGAUUGCGGCACAUCAAAGCCAACUGAUCUGUUACAAAGGGUCAUUUAUGAACACAAAAAAUUGAAAGGCAUGAAAAGAACUACAGCCGAAUAUUGGCUUCUUAAGGAAAUCGCCGAUUUUGAAUCGUUUGGUGAAGAAGUGUUUACAAAAACGCAGGGAAAUAUUUAUCUUGGAGUAGGGCCACACGGUAUAACCAUUUACGAUAAACAAACGUUAGAAAAACAACUGAUUUCUUUUACGAACAUCGUAUGCGCCUCAUCCCACCGUAGAAUUUUUAAAUUGGAAUAUUUUUCCUGUGAGAAUAAAGAAACCGUUUUGGAAGUGAAAUUGGAUUCCAGCCAUAACGCAAGCAGUUUGUACAGAGCCAUCACGGAAAAACAUGCAUUUUAUAGCUGUGAAACUGUUCGUAGCGCAGUGACAACCCAAUUUAUUAGGGACCUAAAAGGGACCAUAGUCUCAAUUUUUAACGAGGAUUCGACGUUAGGCAAGAAAUACGUUUUCGACAUCAGGAGAACCUGCAGGGAGGUCUACGAUAAUGCGAGACGCGCCAUCUAUCAGGAGAGUCAGGCGAGACUCGCUCUGGAAGCGGACUCUUCUUCCGGUGGUUCAUCCGGAUGUGACGGAGAACAGUGUAAAGACUCCGAAAAAUUGGCAAGAUUCAUGGAAGCGAUGACCUGCAAGAUAUGCAUGGACAAUCGGCUGGAUUCAGUUUUUAUGCCGUGCGCGCAUGUCGUGGCUUGCAGCGAGUGUGCAUCGAAAAUCGACAGAUGUCCCCUGUGCAGAAGUGAAAUCACGCAGGCGCAGAAACUUUAUAUGCCCACCUGGUAGAUUACGGCUCUAUCCGUAGUUGAUCUCCUUCUGCAAGUAUUCUUCAACUAUUAAAUAAUUUUGUUUAUGUGAUAAAUUCGCUUGAUCUCACAUUGAGAUUUUUUAAUUUUUUUACUAUGUAAAAAUGUGUUCUUUGUAUCUAUUCUUUGCUAAAACCUUUUGGGCCUCUUCGUUUAUGUUUCUUUAUAAAUGAUAGUAUGCUUUCAAAAGAGGCCAAAACCACCACUAUUUCGACAAUAUAGAUACUUAAUAUCUACCAUUAAAAGUAAUUAGUCAUUAUAUCAAUGCAAACCGAUAUUUAUAAUAAUAAUAAUUAUGUUGUGUAAAAUGUGUUUUAGUAGUUUAGACAAAGUGUCAUUUAUUCAUACGGGGCGGGGCGACCGGAAGGCUCGUGAGCAAAACCGCCCCGUAUAAUAAAAUAUUUUGUUAUAUGUAUUAGUGACGUAUUUCUAAAAUACACCCCCCCUCUAUCUGUGUUAGUAGAAUAUAAAUUUAUUUUGUGAUAUCCCAAUGCAUUAAUUGUAUUAUAUUUUUAGAAAUUUCAACUAUUUUAUAGUAUUAUCAAAUUAUUAAGUUUACGUAUGUUAGAUUUUUUUUUAUCGAAUUUAUAAAACGUAUUAGGUACUUAUUUACGUAAAAGUAAAAUACUAAAACUUGGUUUAUUACUUCUAAGACUUUUCACUGUUUCGACACAUAUUAUUUAUUCUAUGGUGAAUAAAGAAAUA